CAGGUAGUUAAAGAAAAUUGUUUAAUAUACAUAAGAAAAAAUAUCAAAACCUCAUGCAAGGAAUUUGAAUGACUCUUUUUAAAUACCCACGUUUGUGUGGACAUGGCCGAAAGCGGCAGCAAAGACUACAAGCUUUUGUUCCACAGGCGACAAGGUCCAACCAAAGAACGUAGCCGCGCAAAUGCCCUGCGGACUUUAGCCGUUGUUCGCCAUCUUCGAAGUGUCCACGCUGAACUGAAAUUCCACCGAAGGGAUCUGCGGCUGACCUCUGGGAGCCCCAGCGGGACGGGGGGAAGCGGGUGCACCUUUGCGCAGAGGCAGCCUCGGCGCCCGAGAGGCUCCUCUGGGUGCACAAAGGCAGCGGCUCGCAGUUGCAACUUCGCUCGGGAGGAGUGAACCGGCCGCACCGAACACGCUCCGGAUCUGCCAAAUCGGCUCGUCUAGCUCCCUCGAACACACCAGCCGGCAGCCCCCAUCCGGGAGAUACACGGUGAGCGUACUGGCAGUGAACGUGGCGUCUCAGCACCAUGGUGAAGACAAAGUCAUCUGGGAGGAAGAGCUCUCACUCUGUUCGCCAAGAGCCGGCGACGGAGGAAAGUCCACAUAGUCCAAACACCCAACACUCCCCGCCGUCGAACUGCUCCUCAGACCACCUCUGCUCUCCCGCUCCCACCGAGGCGCCAGCUAAAAAUCUCCAAGAAGCCCCAGUGGACGCCCAGGAAAAGGGCGACUGCUCUCCCCAAGCCAAGCCCCUGUGGCGACCCAUCCCCCCUCUGCUGCCAGAGCCUGACAGGGGGGCUGUCCCCGACACCCAGGACCAGAGCUGCCAGACCGAGGAGUGGCUGCACCAGACUACCGGUGGUGCUCAUAACACAGGUCACUGUGUGGAGCCCGGAGACCCUCCUGUACUCCAGCAGCCCCUGCACACCUCCAAAUCUGGAAUUCACCAGAUCAUUGAAUGCUUUCGUUCAGGCACCAGCCAGCUGAGGCACAUGCUGCUGAGGGAGGUGGACACUAUCUUUGAGUGUAAAGUGUGUCGAAGUCUCUUCCGAGGCCUGCCCAACCUCAUCACGCACAAAGAGUACUACUGCCUGUCACGGCUGCCCGAGUACGAUGGCGAUGACCGACAGAGCAUAGCCCUUCAGGAUUUGACGGACAUCAUCUAUCACAGAGGGGACCGACCGGACUACGUGGUGCGACUGGAGCCCAUCCAGACCACCAGCAAGGCCGUGUACCAGUAUCUCACCACAGAGGAGGAGAUGGCUCGGUAUCCGUCACGAGCGCCCAGUGCCAGGGAUAGUCCGGUCGCAUGGGAAGGAGAGCCGAGGGAGGCUGAAAACAACCAGACCGGCCAGCCCCGUGGUCCAGAGAGCCCAGCGCACAGCCAGCACAGCCAGGGCCGGAAGAAGUGGGAUGCAGAAGAGCUGGAGGCUAAAGAAGAGGCACCACAGCCUGAGGACGAGGAAUCCACAAGUGGGGUGGAGGACGUGACGAUCUCGUGCUGUCUGUGCGGUCAGGACUUCAACUCGCGUCGCAGCAUCCGACGUCACUGUCGCAAAAUGCACAAGACCAAACUGGAGGAGCUCCGCAAGUACACCGAGACACGGACGGUCCCGACCAGCCUGCUCUCCAUGGUGAAAGGUAGGCCACAGUCACUGAACACACCACCCGGAAAGUCGUGCCCCGUGUGCCACAAAGUGUUUGCCACCAAAACCAACGUGCGCCGCCACUUCGAUGAGGUGCACCGCGGCCUGCGGCGGGACGCCAUCACCCCCGCCAUCGCCUCGAGGCCCGGCCAGCCCCUGUCUCUUGAGGCCACCCCUCCCAGGAAGGGGAACAGCGCCUCGCCUCCGCGAGGCAGCGGCUCCAAGUCCGCCCCCGUCAACGCCAGAGCGGCGCUCCCCAACCAGAACCGCGCGAAGCCUCCGAGUCAAACUCCGGCCUCUCCGCAGGCGGCGACCCAGGCGCCGAGCCGCUGUUCGCUGUGCAAGAGGAGCUACAGCUCCCAGCUCAUGUUAAAGAGACACAUGCGCAUCGUCCACAAGAUUUACAGCGUCAAAAGUAAUCGAUCGGUGAUUACGUUAACCUCUCCGCAAACUCCACCGGCGACCUCCACCAACAGCAGCAGCAGCAGAGUUCCACCGAGCGACAGUGUCCAAGUCAAAGAGGAAGCGGUUGAACCCUCAGAGGACGAGCAAGACAAGGACAGGGACCUAAGUCCGCCCGCAUCUCCUGCUCACAGCACCGGGUCGACUAAAAGUGCCUCCGUUGCCCCCAGCGCCCUGAAAGUGAAGGAAGAGGAGACCCCGUGCACCCCAAGGGCAGCAGUCAGCGUGCCCGCCGUGAGUCAGGCGGCCAAAAGCAAACUGUCGGUGGGCUUCGACUUCAAGCAGCUCUUCUGCAAGCUCUGCAAGCGACAGUUCAGCUCGCGUCAGAACCUGUCCAAGCACAUCGAGCUGCACAUGGACGGCAACGACAUCUUCAUCAAGUUCUACCGCUGCCCACUGUGCCGCUACGAGUCGCGCCGCAAGCGGGACGUCCUGCGCCACGUCACGGUGGUGCACAAGAAGUCGUCGCCCUACCUGGCCAAGAUUAUGCCCAAACUGGAGAGCCGGGCGGUGAAGAGGCUCGCCGAGGCCGUCCUCAACAACGCCAACCCCAAGAGAACGGGCGGCGGCAAGGGGGAAGUGAACGGGCGCCACCCGUCGACCGCGUCCUCGCCUUGUCCCUCGCCUCCCGUCACCCGCAAGCAAGACGGCGCCGCGUCGGCGGCAUCGGCACAGCCUCCCGCCUCCGCUCGGAAAACGCAGGAGCUGUCAUCACAGACUCCCGCCCCCUCGCCGCCCGUCACACGGAAGCAAGAGAGGCAACAGGCCCACCAGCCUCGGCCCAUCAGCCCCCCGAUGACGCGGCGCAGCGACAAACACUCGCACCAGCGCAACCCGUCCUCCGCUUUGGCGGCACACACCCGCCGUCACGACCCGCCGUCUGAGAGCAGCGGCUCCGGAUCGUCCUCCACCGAAGUGCGAGUGACCAAGAACUUCUCCCUGCACGCCUGCGACCAGUGUGGGCGCGCCUUUGCAAAGAAGUUGUACCUGGAGUCUCACAAGCGAAGUCACCGCAAUGCGGUGACGGCGGCGGCCAGCAGGAGAAAAGGCGUCAGCACGCGCUCCAAGUCGUUGGUGUGGUGAAGAACAACAACAAACGCAGUGUAAGAACUUUUCUCGGGACACUUUUGCCUGUACUCCUCCAAACCUUUCCUUUCUUCCCCACCGCUCCCCCUGGCCUGCCCCUAGCCAGCCACAUUCACCACACAAAAAGCGUGAGUGUGUACUUGAGUUUGUGGCUUAAGAGGUGCGUUUGUGUGCGUUUUUUUUUUGUCCUGUGAAGAGCUGAGACGAAACGUCUACCAGCUGUGUUUCCUUUUAUGUUGAUGUGAAAUCUCGCUCUUUGUUUAACGCCUCCUUUUUAUCAUCCUGCGUUCUUCUCCCUGGCUGGCACAGUCAACGGGGCACAACGGACACCUCAGAAAGUUGAUUUAAAAUGUGGAAAAGUGGACCAACAACAUCCAGAAGAGCCACACUAAAAAAAAAAAAGAAAAUUCGGUCUGUCUGACUGAUGUAAAUCCAGAGGAAAGCUGCAUGUAGUGCACAAACUGUCCAGAAGAUGGUGCUCCUAUCCAUGAAAACCGCCGGGCAAUGGAGAUUGAGCUGUGUCGCCCCCCAACACCCCCCCCCCCCCCCCCCCCCCGCCCGCUUUUUUUUAGUAGACAAAGCACUAAUUCCAAACCCUAGUCAUAUUUCAUAAAUUAUAUAAAGUGUGUGUGUGUGUGUUAGACUUAAAGGGUCAGUGAAAGUCACAUUGUUUGAUAAUCGAUAACUUUUUAAUUGAGUUAGAAAUGAAAUGAAAAAUGUUAGUAAUACAGGGUAAAAGAAAAUCCCCCAAAGUGUGUUUUUGAGUUCUUGCCAAAUGACUGACAUAAUUUUUGUUUUGCGUUUUGAUUCCUUAAAUUUCUCCUUCACUUUUAUGUGCACCCUGUUUUACUUUACUGUUUUAGUUAAAUGUAGCUUUACCUGAGUUUAUUCUAGACUUUUGAACUGGACUCUUUACAGAUUGAAAUGCACAGUCUGUGUCCUAGACCAGGAACAAUAUCAAGUCCUAAGUUUUUGUUCCAUGAAUUGCUGGGAUGGAGUUGCGCUUAAAGGGCAUCUAUAUGAUUUAGGUAGGUGGUCGGGUAGUCUGUGAAACACUGGCGAUAUGAAGACCAAAUGUAAAUAAUGUUCAAACAGAAAAGCCAUGAAAUGGAACAAAAGCUGUAAACUUUAUUUUUUACAUGAAAUGUGUGGAACGAACUCGACGUUAGGAGAGGGGAAAUGUAUAAAUUAUUCUUCCUACAUGGACGCUGUUAAUAUUAGUUGAAAUAGUCACUGUAGGUCGCAUUGACAAGUUUGAGCAUUUUAUUUUGCGAGUGAUGUUAUGAGAGCGAAAACCUCAAGGUAUGGCAAUGACUAUUUUCUUUUUACGUAUUCAUCUUAAGUUGGAAAUCUUUCAAAUGUGACCAGAAUGUACAAACCACACACAAAUAAACAUUCAAACUUCUAA